UGUCUUCAGUGGUGAGUGCGUGCAACGGGAUUACUCAACGUCUGUAUAAAGGAAAAAUAAAAAUGGGUCCAAGUGAUCCCGAAGAAAAUAUUGAAAAUUUUUAGAAAAUUUUAGAGUUUUAGCACUUCUUAUUUUUUUUAAAAAGAAAAAUCAAAUACCAUUCGCGACUUCUCAGCUUUUUCGUUUGUGAUGCAAGAAAAUUCUUAGUGAAAUUGUUUUUUUUUUUUGAGUGUAUUGUUAAGUGAAAAUUGACAAAUCGAAAAGAAUAGAAAAAUAAAAUUAUUUCAAAUGAAGAAAUUUUCUUCUUGGUUCAUGGGAAAUCAACCAGGACGACAGCAGAAACAAACACAAAGUGGAAGACCUAAAAAGAAUGUUCACUGGAAAUCUGCAGAACGACCAUCACCACCGGGACGUCCAAUCCUCAUCCCCCUAUCGGAUCAGCAACCUGAUGUCGUCACAUUAAAAUGGGAACGACCGAAAAUCGACGGAGGCUCACCCAUAACCAGCUACAUCAUCGAACAUCGUCGCAUGGGCUCACCACAUUGGGUCCGUUCAACACCAACACCUGUCACAGGAUGCGAGGUAUCGAUUAGUGGUCUUGAACCUGGUUGGCGUUAUCAAUUCCGUGCGAUUGCUGAAAAUGUCGUUGGCAAAUCAGAUCCAAGUGAACUUUCGGAUCCUUUGACUGUUACACUCCAGCGAAACGCCAUCAGUGUUCCAAGAUUUGCUAGCGAACUCACCGACAUGUCCGUUGUGGAAAAUGAACGCGUCGAGUUUCGAGUAUCGGUUUUGGGACAGCCACAGCCAGAGAUAAGUUGGUUUAAAGAUGGCUACGAAAUCUUCAGUAGUCGACGAACGAAAAUUGUAAACGACAACGACGCCAGUGUAUUGAUUAUUCACCAGGUGGCGCUUACCGAUGAGGGUGAAAUAAAAUGCACGGCGACCAAUCGAGCUGGUCAUGUGGUAACCAAGGCCAAGUUGAUGGUAGAAGCUCCGCCGAAAAUACGAUUGCCACGGAACUAUGAAGACGGCUUGAUUGUCGAGGCUGAUGAAGUUCUACGAUUGAAGGUUGGCAUUGCGGGGCAGCCAGCACCAUCAGUUGUUUGGCUACAUGAAGGUGAGUUCAUAACAAAUGGCGGUCGACAUGAGUUGGUGACAACAGAUAAGAAUUCGUCACUCAAAAUUGACAAUGUGAAACGCAUAGACCGCGGGGAGUACAGUAUCAAGGCAGUGAAUAAGCUCGGGGAAGAUGCGACAUCUUUUCUAGUUACCGUAACGUCGAGGCCUGACACACCAGGAAAAGUGCGCCUCAACACAUCGUAUGGAAAGUCAGUUACACUGUCUUGGACGGCUCCGGAAGAUGACGGAGGGUGCAAGAUCGGAAACUACAUUGUUGAGUACUUCCGUAUAGGCUGGAAUGUCUGGUUGAAAGCUGCAACCACAAGGCAGCUGAGCACAACCUUAAACGACUUGAUUGAAGGCUCCGAAUAUAAAUUCAGAGUGAAAGCCGAGAAUCCGUACGGACUCAGUGACCCGGGAGAAGAAUCAGAUGUACUAUUCGUACCCGAUCCUAAGCGCGGUCUUAAUUCCCCCGAUGGUGAUGAUUCGAGAAAGCCAGUUCCACCUCGACGCAAGACGUUAUCACCUCAAAGAGCAGUACCUGAUGGUGAGGAGCAAAGUGGAGACACAUCUCCAAGACAACCAUCACCAUUGCUAAACCGCAAGACCAAACCUCAAAUCCUGGACAAUGAGGACUUGCAUCGAGAGAUGUCUUACGGAACUAAUCUAACAGAAUCUCGCAGGUCUCCACCGUCUCCAAUAAAGAUGGAUGUUCCUGGUGGAAAUCUAACUAGGCGCAGCCCAAGCCCAAGAGUCCCAGACGGAGAUGAAGAGAUUCAAGUGGCACCAGCACUUCCAAGGAAAGUGAUAUCAAGGCCAACUCUUCCUCCUCUUUCACUACCGUCGUCGGAGCCAUCAAGGCCAAUCUCACCAUCAGUGUUUCCACUCAAACCGGUAACCACAAUGAAUUCGCCAUCAAUAGCUCCAGCUCUUAGUCCCGUUCUUACAUCGGCACUUGCACCAAUACUAAGGUUUGCACCGGCAACACCAACUCUGCCCACUCCGUUACCAACUCCUCCAUCUCCUCGAACUCUAUCACCCUCAACAAAAACUCCUAUGCAAACUAAAGCCACUGAGUCCAGUAACAAAUCACUUCAGAAGCAGGCAAACCCUCAGAAAAUUUUAGAACCUGCAAAGCAACAAGAGGAAAUUUCGAGACAGUCAAAUCCUCAGCAAACUGUUGAACCUAUAAAGAAGCAAGCUGAAUCACCCAAAGAAACUCAAGCACAAUCUCGAGUUCGUAGUGUGAGUCCACCCGGACAAGCAGUACGUCGAACCCCACCUGAGACAGUUCAAGCCCCACUGAAGACAUCCAAGACACCCCCAGAAACUCCACCAGAACUAAAGAAAACAUCUCAGGCUCUACAAAGAAGUGAAGAACCUUCAAAUUUGGAUGUCAAUCAACGUGUUCAACGAUUUUCAGAUCAACCAUUCAGUACAUCCGAGAGAAGAUCAUCGCAAAAUGGAGUCGUAGCUAAUCCAACGAUUGAAAUUAGCGCCCCAGCUAGUGAUCCAGCAGGAAGUGAACCACAUCCACUUUCGGAAACCGAGAAACUCGACGAGGUUCACACGAGCAAUGAAUUUAUGUUGGUGGUCUUCCAAAAAAACAGCAAGGUCAAGGAUACCGAAAAACAAGACUCCUUCGACUUGGACCUGGAAGAAGCACUUCAGCCACCACCAAUCUCAAUAUCUUCACCCGACCUAGCAUCACUUGAGUUUUCAAAUCUUCACACUUUCCCACUGCGACGUUCGGUAAGUUCGACAGAGUUGCUUUACGAACGUGCCAUGGCCCGAUUUUAUGAAGCUGUCGAAAUGGAAGAAGCAGAAAAAGCCAAAAAACUAAAGAUUGCUCAAGAAAAGCUCACUGUUCAACCGACUCAAGUGCGUAAGCGUCUUGGAUCGAUGAGUGAAGCGGAAAGACAAUCAUUUGAGAGGCGCAGCCAAAGGCGUCGUCAAUCGGCUGACAUAGCUGAGAUAGUAAAUAAAUCAAAAUGGGACUCCAGUGACAGCUUGGCUAGUAAAAAAGGCCUAUUGCGUACUCGUGGCAUGCUGAAUCAGAUAAGUCAUGACACCGACGAUGGAAGCGAGUACCUCGAUCAUCCUAGGGCCUUCCAAAAGCAGAUAAGUCAAGAGACCGACGAAGGCAGCGAUUACCAAGAUCAACGACCUCGGCGAAUGCAUAAACAGAUAAGCCAGGAAACCGAUGAGGGCAGUGACUACCACGACCAUGAACGAACUGGUGCCAGCUUCGAUGUCGAAUCAGACUACACAGCAAGCACAGAAUCAGUAUCCGAAGACUCGAUAGAGAAAUUCAAAAGGGAACUCGUUGCUCGCACACGUUCAGCCAGUACCGAAUUGGAGACUUAUCAUCCGAGAAGUAUGUCGGCAGGCGUUUUUACUCCAUAUCGAGCUCCGACGCCUGAACAGUCAGUAGUUGUUCUCAACCGUCCGAUGCCUUUGGCGAGUCCCGAUUUCGUUCCGAAGCCAAUUCUCAAAAGACCUUCCAACGAAAGUGUUGGAACUGAUGAACCAGCUUCACCAACAAGUGUUGUCCCACCCAGUUCUCCACCACCGAUGAGCCCAAAUAUGCCAACAAGCCCCAUCAAUGAAAAACCCGAUAAGUCAAAGGGCUUUAAGUCAUUCUUCAAAUGGGAUAAGAAAACCCCCACAGAAAAGAACACAGAAGCUAAUGCAGAACCACCACCAACAACCAGACCCCAACUCAAGUCUGAAACAAGUGUCGAAACUAAAAGAAGAAUCAAAGAGGAAGAAGAACGUGCCAAACUUGAAGCCGAGAGAAUUUUCCAGGAAGAGGCCAAGGUUGUUGCCGAUCAUUACGGAGAUAUUGUGCGACAAGUUGGCAGCACAAAGAAGUAUAACCCUCCCUUAUAUCUAAACCGUGACGAAUUGAAGAAGGCUGCCGAAAAAGCUGAACGGGAAAGCAACACUGAGAAUUAUAACCCCACUCACGGGAAGUCCCGUUUGUCAUUGAUCGAACGCCAUCAAACUCAGCACGUUACUCAAAGCCCAAGCCGGAUGCAUAUGAAAGACAAGGAGCAACAAAACGCUGAGGAAGUAUUCAGCGAAGAGGAAGCUACUCCCUCAUCGACAUCACAACUCUCACAGCGUUCCGAAAGUCGAGGUCGGAAGAAAAUUGUCAAAGUUAAGAAAAUUAUCAAAAAACGCAUACCAUCAAGCACUCGGUCUAGAGAAGCAUCUUCAACCAGGCCAGCAAACGCUGCGGAAGUUCCACCUGAUGACGCUAGGAGCAGACAAGUUGAACGGCCUAAAAUUACAGCUCCAGAGCCGAUUAAAAAAUCCCUUCCCACAACUUCUACAGAGACCAAACCCACACAACCCCAAACUGCCCUCGUCGCUGUUCCUCAGAAAUCACCCGAUGAACUUUCCCAAGAAGCCGAGGAAAAAGUUCGUUCAGCCUUGAGUUACAUGACAGAUGUGUGUCUGUUCAUUGCCGCUUGUUAUGUCUACUUAUUCAAAGACGCAAGAUUGGUUCUUCCCAUUUUGGCGUUGAUGGUUUACCGACAGUUGGGCGAAGUCAUCCGAAAUAGUAUUCCAGAUUGGAUGAAGAAGAAGAGACAAUGACCACCGUCAAAAUUUUUAUGGAUUUUUGAACUUUCAACUUAAAUGAUACUAUUUGUGUGCGUUAAAUUUAUGAUUUAUGUUCCCAAACACAACAAAGUGAUGUUUUUGUUUUUGUAUUAUUUGACUAUCGGAGGUGUACUUGCAGGAGUUAUUUAAAAAUGUUGGACCAUGUUCUUGCCUUGAAAAUUAUUUAUUAACUUACAAAAAAAAAUAACUUUAAUAAAAUUACUUAUAAAUUUAUACAAAAAAAGGAGGAAAA